CCUCCCCUCCUUCCGCCGCUUUGUCUGGGAGAGAGAGUGGCGCCCCGGCCAGCCCCGGUCCGGCUCCCAGCCCAUGCGGUACGGGGCGAUGCCGAGGGUCCGGCCCUCCUAGGUGGGCCCCGGAGACUAUGGGCUGCAUUGGCUCCAAAACCGCUCUCGUGGCCGUGGACACUACUUUGCACGUGGAGUGGACCGAGGCGAAGCCCCUCCCUGCCCUCUCACCCCUUGGCUGCACCCGGACCUCGCUGGUGCGCAGGCUGGUUCGCCAAAGCUCUCUGGACAGCCAGGACUUUCUCGAGGUAAAUGUUGAAGACACUGUCGAAAUGUUACCCAAGUCUCGGCGAGCCCUCACCAUCCAAGAGAUUGCAGCCCUGGCGCGGUCCUCCCUGCACGGCAUUUCGCAGGUGGUGAAGGACCAUGUGACCAAGCCCACGGCCAUGGCCCAAGGCAGGGUGGCCCACCUGAUUGAGUGGAAAGGAUGGUGCAAGCCCAUGGAUUCCCCUGUGGCCCUGGAAAGCACCUUCAACUCCUAUUCCGACCUCACCGAAGGAGAGCAGGAGGCCAGGUUUGCCGCAGGUGUUGCAGAACAAUUUGCCAUUGCGGAAGCCAAGCUGCGGGCCUGGUCUUCCGUGGAUGGAGAUGACUCCAACGACGAAUCCUACGAUGAAGAUUAUGCUACACCUUCGGAUACAACCCAACCAGCCGAUGCUGUGCCCCAGAUUGCACCCAGCACCCUGCUGAAGGGCUUCCUGCACAGCCGCUUGUGCCAGCUGAAUGCUCGGCAAGGCUCCUGCGACCCGGAGAGCGACUCCUCCCAGACCACCAUCUCCCCAGAGACUUUGUGCUCCAGCCUCUGCAGCCUGGAGGACAGCCUCCUGCUCAAGGAGCUGAGCUCGCCUUCCGAACUGGCCAUCAAACUGCUGGGCUCCCUGUCUGGCAGGGAGGAGGCGCUUCUCUCCAAGUUGCCGGCCACCCAGACCGCCGGCGAAUGUGCCUUCCGGAGCCUGGCCCAGCUUGAGUGCCAGGACUCUCUGUACUCCAUGUCGUUCACCGAGUCCUGCCUCUCGCCCACGGAGGAGGAGGAGGAAGAGGAGGGAGUCCUGUGCAAGGACUGCGAGGCCCACGAGGACAGCUGCCACGUCCGCAGGAAGGCCUCCGACGUGGCCUCCUCUGGGGUGGUGUCUCUCGAUGACAACGAAGAGGAAGAGCGGAGGGGGAAGGAAGAGGAGGAGGAGGAGAGCAGAGAGCAGUGAAUCCCUAUCCGCUCCGUGGCAUGCUUCACCUGCCAUCUUGUCCCGUGCCGUGGCAUCCAUUCUCAACCCUGCUCCGUGGCCCAUCCCUUCUCUGAAGAGGAGGGUUCCUCCCACCUGGAGGAGGAGGUGGCAUGACCCAAGGCUGGGCAGGGGAAGGUGGGCUGGGUGGAGGCCAAUCCAGGAGCCCAUCCUUUCCCCGUUGGUCCCUAUGUCCUAUGCCUUCCUCGCCUCCAAUGUGCCAUCUGAUUCAGCCAUUUAAAGCCUGGCGAGCCUGUCGUUUGGCUUCGUGGAUUUUGCCUGCUGCAUCUUCUCUCUCUUGUACUCUUUCUCUUGUGGCCUGUUUUGUUUUCUUUGCAUGAGAUUGUCUUGGGGUAGGGGGAAUUUAAAUAAACGAAACACCGGAAACAAAAUCCAAGCGAGCAAAAUAACGAAAAACAGGGCUGUGCAGAUCGGACGUGUGCCACUGUCCGGUCCGAAGCAUGCAACACGCCUUGGUCUGAGUGCGCCCAAGAGAAAAGGCACCCUGUGGAUGCUGUCCUGUUGGCAUGGCUGAAGCUCUUAAAGCAGAACUGUUGCAAGUCUUAAGACAGUUUAUCGCGGUAUGUUAUACAGAUGCCCCUUUCCCCUUCUAAACCCCUGCAGCUCAAGGCGAAGGGCUGAAAACAGAAUGUGGAAUGCAAUGGAUGCUUGAUUUGUUAUGCCUUUUUUUUACAAAAAAAAAUCUACACUGGCCCAAAUGGACCAACUUCUUGGCUUUUACUGUCUUGAAUUUUAUACUGUGGACCUACAGGAUGCAAGGGGAAAGGCAGGAGCUGGGGCACAUGGAUGCGCUUGUGCACCCUCCUUGGCCGUUUCCAUUGGAAGGGAGCACGGAGCAUGGCAUGGGCUAGUGGGAGUGGCCAGUCCUCCCACCCUGCCCCAGAUCUUUUCUAUAUUUUUGUAUGUGUGUCUCCGUGUUGCCGUCUUCACGGGGUGUCGCUGUCCCUACCAUGGAGGAUGGGGUUUUCUAAGGGGGGGGCAUAUUUCCUUCUGCUCCAUUCGCCCACCUGGACCAAGCAGGGUGGACAAUACUGUGACCCUCAUUUCAUCCCUUUGCCCCUGCUGUUUCCCAAUGCACAGGACCCGGUGGCCUCUGUUUCCCUCCCUCUGGGCUUGGAAAUGUUACUUUUUGGGCACUUUCCCAAGCUCUGCUCCUUCUUAGCCCAGGCAGCUCUCAAAUCAGAAGGGAUGCUUACAAUCAACCAGAGAAAAUGUGGACUGGAUUUGUAGUUUGGAGAGGAAUAUUUAGAAUUCUCUGCCCGAGAGCUCCAGAAUCCCCACACUAAAUUACAAAUCCUAUGAUUCAAUAGGAUGACGUAUAGGUGAUAUCCAAGUGCUACAAAUAUGUAGUUUGGAAGAAACCUUAAACCCCAGAAGAUUAAUAGUGGAAAUCCAGGAAUUUCCAGAAUAAUGGAGAAUUGAUGCCCAUCAGCAGGGGAAAUAUCAGUCUUAUACCAUUGUGGUACCUCCCAAUGGAUCCCAAAGAUCUGUAGUUUGGCGAGGACUUGGAGAAUUUCUCCAUUCAAGACAUCUAGCCUCUUCUUCUCAGUAGGAGGGAAAAGAGCAUUAGUUUUCAAUGAGUAUUCAUAUGUCCAGAAAAAGAAAGGGACCCACAGAUAUACAUGUGCAGAGACUUGUGGGCUUGCAUCCCUCCACAGACUGUACAACUCCAACAUUUCUGCACAUGCACACACAAAUUUGGCUUUCCACAAGUCAACUUAAUCAGACAUACUUUAUAAUGUAGUGGCCAUGUAAAUACACAUCUCCACACACACACCUCUUAGGUUGAGCAAUCAUAGACUCUUUCCCAUCAAACGCUGGAAAUUGUUUUCCUUUUGUGGAGUAGCCAGCAGUUUAGCAAAAUGAAAUAUGUAAUUGUGGUGCAGUAUGUGUUUCAAUGGCAUUUUGGUAUUGAUCUGCCAAUGUCAAAGAGCAUUCAGCAUUGUUACCGGCAAUUUGUGGAAACUGGCUGUUUAUGAAAGGGGAAGAUAAACUGGAUACAUCAUUUUUGAAACACCCUGUACAUCCAAGGUAGCUGGCACUCAAUAUGCUAUAAUAUACACAUUUCCCCCUCUUCUUUAGCUAAACAAAUGCUUUGCCUUCUACAUUGCAUUUGGCCAUUUUUGGUUUGUUGAGAAAACAUGGCUACCAAAAAAUAUCACUGCAAAGUGGCAACCCACACAAUGAGUUCCAGUACAGUGCAGGGAGGUCCAUACAGCUAGACUGCAACUCCCAUAAACUCCAGUUAACAUAGCCAACUGUGACCCAUUAUGGGAGUUGUAGUCUGAGAAUCAGUUGGUGGGCGGCAGCUAUAGAAACACAUGCUGCAUGCCAUGUAUUUUAAACACAAAAUAUAUUAUUUGAACCCAUAACUUAUCCAUACACAGAACUGAGCAAGGAUACAAUCAUGAACGCUCAUCAAGACAAUCAGGGACGCUGCUGCUUUUGUUGACUGACUCCUGUUCUUUUAAUCUGGUGCCAGGGAGGACUGGGUGUAACCUUGGGGAAAUGUUGUCCCACAAUUUCUAAGGUGGAACCAGUCCAAUAGUUCUUAGGGUUUGGGGAAGGGGAGUGGGCAGAGGAAGAUAGGGGUACCAUUGGAAACAUGGGCUGGUAGUUAGGACAGAGUUACAUCACUCCUUCUAUGGUAGAUCCUAUAUUCUAGUUUUUGUAUUGGGUUAAAGGAAAGAGGGCUGCAAUGUUCAAGACGUCAUGGUUGUGCAGCACACAUCACCUUUGCUUGGGGCUGAUGGGUGUUGGAAUCCAACAGUGGCUGACAACUUCUGAUGGGCAAGGCAGAAAAUCUACUCUAGUGUUUAGUCUGAAUGUUUAAGGAACUCUCCAAGUUCAACCAACUUAAAUAGUUCCUUUAAAAUUCAGAGUAAAAUCUAGAGUGUUGAAUUUUUUUGGGAGAGCCCUGAGAUGUGGAGGCACACAGGAGUGGAUCUUCGGAAAGAGAAACUGGGAGAGAGAGAUUUGCUCAAGGGGAGAGGAAAUAUUGGAUACAAUAGAGGUCUCUUUCAGAUAUUUUGACACAGUCGAGGCAAGUUCCUUUUUUGGACCACCACUCCCACCAUGCAAAAACCACAGUGGGCAGUUGUGUAUAGGAGAUCUGGUCCAAAAAUGCAGGGGGUGCUUUUCAAACAAAAGUUUGAAGGAUGAGAGUAGAAGGAGGGGGUUGUUGCAGUGGAGAAGACAGGGCUGCAAUAGGGAUCGGGGGAAGAAGAGAUGAAAACCAGGUUUAAUUGAAAGACAUCCCAGUCAAGGAGUCUUGAGAUGUUACCACAAUUCUCUCCUUCCUCCCAGUCAUUUGCCACCUUUUGUGCAGCGUCAGUCCAUUCUGUAGAAUGGGUACACGUCCUCCUAACACCUCCAACUACUCCCUGUGCAAACCUCUGUUUUUACUCCCCAGUAUAUCCCUCUUGAUGCCUGUGCAGAGCUGUGUCCCAAAGCCUAUGCAUCCCUCCCCAUUUUGACCCCAUCUCUCUACUCCUUUGGCUCUCCUUCCCCGCCCCCCUCCCCAAAUGCACAAUAUUGUUUUUGUGUGUCCCUAUUUCUGCCCUGUCCCCUUCCUGGUGUACACCCCUGGCUGGUAUGAGUGUCCGUUUUGUUCCGUUUGUAUCUGUAAAUCAUUAAAAGGCUGGUUCUACUGA